AUGCAGUAUCAAAGACUGACAGACAAUGCAUCAAUAAUAGUAAGAGAAACUGGUGAAAGUCACCUAUUAUCAUCAUCAUUAGAUACAAAUCCAAAAGUUUGUCGUUGGCGAAAAAUUAUUCUUAUUCUUUUAUUUAUUCAAUUAAUUUUAUGUACAAUUCUUCUUAUGAUUGAUAGUCGUCUUUUAAUUAAAGAUAAAGAUGAUAAUUAUCGACAAGGAAUACGUUCCCUCGGACUAAUAUUUUUAUCAAUUGUCUAUUAUGGAUGUGGUUUGAUCGUUGUAUAUCGAUAUCAUCAUUUGGGAAUAUAUGUUUUUGCUUGGUUAGGUUAUUUACAAUAUAUAUUUUUAUGUGCAGAACUUUUUCUAAAUAUUAUCUUUAUUGUAAAACAUCCAUCGCAUGAUAAACGAACGAAAAUUGCUUUUGUUAUUGGCUUAAUUAGUACAAUCAUGUCUACACUUCAAGCUAUCUUAAUGGUUAUCACACUUAAACUUACAUUCAAAUUAUUUCAUUUAAUCAAACUUUUUAAACGUGAUGUUCUCGAACAGGUGUAA